GGUUUCGGGAUCAAAUGUUUCGAUUUUCAGGUCGGACCGGAGUGGAUUAAACUGGAUUUAAAACCAGGAUUUUGCCUUUGGCGUAACCUUUCGAAGAGGAAUGUCUGCAAACGAGAUACCCGACGAGCUAUGGAGAAAGAUCCUAGAGAUUGGCGUAAAGUCUUCGACUUUCUCGUACAAAGAUCUUUGCUGCAUCUCUAUCUCCUCUCGCCGUCUCUUCCGAUUGUCCUGCGAUGAUUCCCUCUGGGAUCUUCUGCUCGUCCAUGAUUUCCCUAACCACAUCGUCUCUGCUUCUUCUUCUUCUGAAUCUCCCACCAAGUUUAUCUACAUGACUAGGUUUGAGAGGGAGAAGGAGAGGAAAUUAGCUGCCCAUAGAAGAGCUUUACUCAGGAAGGAGAGUGAAAUUUCUGAAUGGGGCCGGAGGAUUCGUGAAUUGGAGGCACGAUUGUCCGACGAGGCUGAGAGACUACAGUCUUCUUCUCUGCAAUUUUCAGAUUUGCUGAAAGUGAGGCAAGCAUCAGUAGCUUUGAACGUUUGGCAGCCGGAGGUAGUACGUGGUAGACAAAAGCAAAUGGUUGAGCAAAACGCUGUUCCUGUUGAGGGUCGAUUGCGUGCACUUGAGAUGGAGAUGAAGUUAUGCAAGCAGCAAAUCAUGGGUUUGAAUAGGGCACUUAGGGAGGUAAAACACCGAUAUGACAUAGCAAUAAAAGAGCUAGAAUCCAUGAAGUAUCAUCCUUUACGAGAUUACAAGUCGAUACGUAAUGGAGACCAAGGAAGUAAUGGCAAGACGAAAAAGUUGAAAACUAGCAUCAACUAUAGUGGAGACCAAGUAAGUAAUGGCAAGAGGAGGAAGUUGAAAACAAGCAUUGAUUGUAAGUUUAUGAACAUUUCUCACUUUUCUUCAUGUAGUAGUGUUACCGAAAAAUUCUAUUCUUACUCUCCAAAAAUUAUACAUGAGUAUAUUCCUGAAAAUCUGCUUGUUCUUUGAAGUGUGAGACAAUGCAAUGUAGAAGAGUUUUAUGCCGAUAUGGACUUGUCCGAAACUAUGACGUGGGAUGUUUAAUGUUUGAAGUUAUAGAUUUACAUUGUUGAUCUUUGUUAUCUUAGUUGUGUUAUCGAUUGUGGGUUUUUAAUAUACUUAUGAACACUUGUUAUCUUGAUUCCGCAAAAGCAGUUCCAGCAAAACCCAGAAACACGGAGAAGCUGUUCCAGUCAGAAUCAGAAUGAUGGUUGGCUGUUCCAGUCAGAAUCAGAAUGAUGGUUGGCUGCUCCAUUCCACAGAGAGAUUGAAUACUUGAGAGUUGUUGUUGUUGUAUUGUUUGUAAUAUUUCCAAUUAGAUUUGCAGAAGAAAGCUGAAAUUUUGUCACAUAAUGUGGUCGAUAUAGAAUUCUGUAAGUUUGGAAUAUCAUGAAUAAAGAUGUAUUUGUUUAAAAGGUAUAAAACUCCUUGGUUCUUUGGCAUGUCUGGGUCAAAUCAAGACUCUGUUCUGCUUUACUGUUCCCAUUGG